AUGGCAGAUACUUUUCGGGAUACAACUCUUGGGAAACUCCUUCGUGUGAGCACCCGAGGCCGGCUUAUGCAAUAUCCAGAGGAAAGGGAUCCGGCGCUGUGGAGGCGAUAUGUUGACUCCGCAAAGAGUGGGCGUAUGGCGCAUCACGGCACUACCGAGGAGGAGAAUCAGGCAGAGGGGAAAGAGGGCAAUGCGAAUGGUGACGAUGUCGGCAGUGGCUAUGUAGAGAGGGGAUUUCCAAAAGGGGAGGACAGAGACCUGGAUACGAACGCAGGAAACGGAGGCCAGUCUGAUAUGAGGCCAACUGGAACCGGUACCAAUGAAUCGCACUAUCCGCGCACGAGGGCAGAUGCACGACAGAGAGAAAGCGGAAUCGGAAGGAAGAGCUCAGAUGCCACAGUUGGAGAUGGUGAGGAUAGGCAGACGAAUGAAGUCAGUGGAGUGGCUAUUGACCCGGAGAAGGGGCGGGAUGUCUCUAUUGUUGACUGGUAUGGGGAGAAUGAUCCCGAGAAUCCGCAAAACUGGUCAAGUGGCAAAAAAGCAUUUGUCACUGGCAUGAUCUGCCUGUUGACUUUCUCCAUCUAUAUCGGAUCCGCGAUCUACUCUGCAGGUACUCAGGGGGUCAUGGAAAGGUUCGGUGUUUCACAGGUCGCUGCCACCCUAGGCCUCACCCUUUUCGUAGCAGGCUAUGGUGUCGGCCCCAUGAUCUGGUCCCCGAUGUCUGAGAUUCCCCAGUUUGGAAGAAAUCCGGUCUACGUCAGUACGCUCAUCGUGUUCGUCUUCUUUCAAUUCGCCGUUAUCUACGCGAAGAACUUCGGUAUGCUUCUCGCCUUCCGAUUCUUGACCGGAUUUUUCGGUUCUCCCGUAUUGGCCACCGGAGGUGCCUCGAUCUCCGAUAUGUAUGCGCCACAGAAGCGUGCGUACGGGAUAGCAAUUUGGGGCACGGCUGCUCUCUGCGGCCCCGUUCUAGGUCCACUGAUCGGUGGCUUUGCCGUACAACAUAAGAAUUGGCAAUGGGCCAUCUGGGAACUCCUAUGGCUCAGUGGCUUCGCCCUCAUCAUGAUGAUACUCUUCUUGCCUGAGACAAGCUCGGCAAAUAUCCUCUAUCGCCGCAGUCGCCGACUUCGCAAGCUGACCGGCAGGUCGGAUCUCAAGUGCGAGCCUGAGCUUGCAAGCGAGCAGAUGUCCGUUAAUGAGAUUGCCAUGAUGACACUGGUCAGGCCUUUCUCGCUGAUGAUCCUGGAGCCUGUCUUGCUUCUCCUGAAUGCGUACAUUGCUCUGAUUUAUGGGCUCCUAUACGCAUGGUUCGAAUCUUUCGCCAUAGUCUUCCAAGGAAUGUACGGUUUUAACCUCGGCGAGCUAGGGUUAUCCUACGGGGGAAUCCUCGUCGGCGGCAUCGUUACGCUCCCUUGCUUCCUGCUUUACCUUAAAUAUAUCCAGGAGCCGCAUUUCAACGAGGAAGGGGAGAUCAAGCCUGAAAUACGUCUGCAGCCAGCCUUCGUAGGAGCCUUCUGUAUCCCUAUCUGCAUGUUCUGGUUUGGCUGGACGGCACGCGAGUCCAUCCACUGGAUCGUGCCCAUCAUCGGGUCCUCCUUCUUCACGGUGGGUGCUUUCCUCAUGUUCAACUCGGUACUCAAUUACCUUGGAGAUGCUUAUCCCGCUUAUGCCGCCUCGGUCCUGGCUGGCAACGAUUUCUUCCGCUCGUCCUUCGGUGCUGGGUUUCCCCUCUUCUCGGGAGCAAUGUAUCGCAGACUGGGGACCGACUGGGCCAGUUCGUUGUUGGGGUUCUUGUCAAUUCUUUUCAUUCCGAUCCCCUUCGUUCUAUACAAGUACGGCGAGAAGAUCAGACAUCACUCCAAGAGAGCUAGACAUGACAUCUGA